AUGUCCCUCCCCGGCGGCAACGGCGAGCCCCCUCCCCCUCCACCGCCGUUCCCCUCACUCAUCAAGCUCGGCCGCGCGGUCACCGCGCGACACGUCGACCGCUUCCUGACAGUGCUCCUCCGCCGCCGCAGGCACCGCCUCCUCGCCGCGCUCGCCUCCCAGGCGCUUGCCAACGCCAUCGCCCCUACUCCGCGCACGCACCUCCUUGCCGCCUCCGCCCUGCUCGACUCCGCGCGGCCGCGUGACGCCGCACAGCGCCUCGCGCUUGCCUCCCGCACCGCCAGUCGCCGCCUCUGGGAUGCACUGCUCCGCCGGGCCUGCGCCGGGGGCGGCGACCCGCGCCACGCACUGGAGCUACUCUCCGCUGCCAUCGAAGACCACGGCAUGGUGCUGUCGCCUUCCACGUACCGCGAGAUGGUGGUGUUGUUGUGUGCCCACGGGGAGGUGGAUUGCGCGCUUAGGGUGUUCGACUUAAUGACCAGGAGGGGGUGUCAGGUAGAGGAUCGCGUUUGCAGCUCGAUCGUUUCUGGGUUAUCCAGAACUGGGAAGGCCGGAGCAGGGCUGGAUUUCUAUGAGAAGGUGAAGAGUCAGUUCAGUGGAUUUGAUCCGGGCCUUGUGACACUGACAUCAGUUGUCCAUGCUCUUGGGUUGGAGGGGAGAACUGGUGAGAUGGCGGAGCUUAUGCGGGAGAUGGAGUGUAAAGGCAUGAAUGCUGAUGCUGUGUUUUACGACAGCAUGGUUCAUGGAUACAUGAGUCGUGGGUUCUUGAUGGAAGGUCUUCGGGAGCAUCGAUCCAUGCUAGAGAAGGGAAUCGAAGCCGAUGUGAUUAACUAUACUACUGUUAUUGAUGGACUCUGCAGAGAAGGUAGUGUGGAGAAAGUAAUGGGGUUCUUGGAUGAGAUGGAGCGAGUGGAUGCUAAGCCAAAUUUGAUUACUUAUACAUCACUGGUUGGUGGCUUCUGUAAGAGAGACAGGUUGGAAGAUGCUUUCUCUAUCGUGAGGAAACUGGAACAAACAGGCGUGGUGGUGGACGAGUAUGUAUAUUCGAUUUUGAUUGACAGUUUGUGCAAAAUGGAAGAUUUAGACAGGGCUUUCUCGUUGCUCACGGAGAUGGAGAAUAAGGGAAUAAAGGCUAGCAUCAUAACAUACAACACGAUAAUAAAUGGUCUGUGUAAAGCUGGUCACACUGAAAAGGCUCUUGAAAUUUCUGAAGGUGUUGCUGCUGAUAAUUUCACAUAUAGCACACUGUUACAUGGUUACAUCAAAAGAGGUGACAUAACCGGUGUUAUGGCAAUAAAGGAUAGGCUUGAAGGUAGUGGUAUUUCUAUGGAUGUUGUCACAUGCAAUGUUCUUAUCAAAGCAUCGUUUAUGAUUAACAAGGUGAAUGAUGCCUGGAGCUUGUUUCAUAAAAUGCCUGAGAUGGGCUUAAGACCUAAUACUAUCACCUACCAUACAAUCAUAGACAAACUGUGUAAAGCUGAGGAAGUGGACAAGGCACUGGAGUUGUUUGAUGAAUACAGGAAAGAUUCAGGAUUCUCCACUGCAGUUGUUCAUGAGUGUCUGAUUAAAGCACUGUGUAAUGGAGGAAAAGUUGACAUGGCUGACCAAAUAUUUUAUGAUCUUGUUCAGAAAAAAAUAAGGCCCAAUUUCUUUAACUGCAGGAAGUUGAUUCAUGCACACUUCAAAGGACACGGUGAACAUGGUGUGCUGGAUUUCAUUUGUAAGGUUGGUGAAUUAGAUAUUGACUUAUUUUCAUCUGUUUGUAAUUAUGCUUCUGCUUUCUUAAGCAACAGAAAUUGUUGGCAAGCAGCAAUGGAUGCUUACAAGUUACUCAGAAUGCAAGCCAUUGCUGUAACUAGUAAAACAUGCUACAAGCUGCUCAAGAGCUUACACCGAAAUGGAAGUGAAGAGGUCAUACAGCCAUUGCUAUGUGAUUUCAUUAAAAUUCAUGGCCUGCUUGAUCCGACAAUGAUAAAUAUGAUGUCUUGUUAUCUCAGCAAAAAAUGUGUUAGCAAAGCUAUUUGGUUUUCUAAUUACAUGGACAAAGGCAGUGUUCCUAUCAGUGUUCUGAGAGGAGCUGUCUUUGCCCUAAAGAAGCAAGGUGAAGUUCUAGAUGCAUGUAACUUUUUGAAGGUAGCUGAACAAAGUGGGUUUUCAGUAGAUCUAGCCAUGUACUCCAUAGUGGUGGAUGGCCUUUGUAAGGGUGGGUAUCUUGGAAAAGCACUGGACCUUUGUGGAAGCAUGAAAAAAGAGGGAUUUCAUCCGAACAUUAUCAUUCAUAACUCAGUUCUCAAUGGUUUGUGUCAUCAAGGAUGCCUUACUGAAGCUUUCAGGCUCUUUGACUACAUAGAAAACAGCAAGAUGCUUCCAACGAUAAUCACCUAUACCAUUCUUAUAGGUGCUUUGUGCAGAGAAGGUUUGUUAGAUGAUGCGGAUCAGUUAUUCCAAAAAAUGUCCACCAAGGGUAUCAAACCCACUACCCGUGUUUACAACUUGCUGAUAAGUGGUUAUUGUAACUUUGGAUUAACUGAAAAGGCCCUUGAGCUUAUGUCUCAUUUGGAGGAAAUCUUUCUUUUGCCAGAUUGUUUUACACUUGGUGCAAUUAUCAAUGGACUCUGUCUGAAAGGUGAGACUGAAGCUGCAUUAGGCUUCUUUAAUGAAUACCAUCAUAGGGAUAUGGAACCUGAUUUCGUUGGUUUCAUGAGCCUUGUCAAAGGACUCUAUGCAAAAGGAAGGAUGGAAGAAUCCAGGGGCAUCUUGAGGGAGAUGUUUCAGUGCAAAGAAGUCGUGGAGUUAAUAAACAGUGUUGGAGAUAAGAUUGAAGCGGAGCCUCUUGUUGAUCUCCUAUCUUCUGCAUGUGAUCAAGGGAGGAUUGAUGAGGUUGUAACUAUCCUAAAUGAAGUGGGACUCUUGCUUUUAUCCUCUUCAAAUUCUGUCCGCUAUAAUGCGCUUGCCCACCUCAAGAAGGUACAGAAACCUGAGGAUGCUUAUGAUUCCAUGACAAAUUCAGGACAAGCAAGUCCAGUCGCUUAUGAUAUUUCUAGCAAUAGUCUCCUUAGGAGUUCUGAUGGCAUAGUUCAACCCAUGAUAGAUGGAGAUGAUAGUUUAUCAAAACUGAGUGGUGACACUGAUAUUGACUACCAAAAGUUGCUUGGAAAGUCUUUCAAUGAUCAUUUCGAGUCAUACUAUGCUGCUAUUGCUUCACUUUGCUCGAAAGGGGAGGUUCUUAAGGCCAACAAGGCAGUUGAAGCAAUGAUUCAGAAUUGUGGUUAA